GACCAAAAAAUAAAAAAUUGAUUUUCCCCUCGCAUUUUUAAAAUAGAUAUAGGUUCCCUCCCAUUGUUUUUUUUUUAUUUUUCAUUAAAAAAAAAGAAAGAAAGCAAGAAUGGCUCAGUAUACGUACGAUGAGCAAGGCUUUAACUUUUAUUAUUUCCUCAUUUCUGUAUUGUCACUAUGUCUUGUACCAGUGACAGGACAAACCUUUUAUUCUUUAUACAAGAAAGGAAGUGGUAAGAGCAAAGACAUUUGUCAAUGUCAAACUUGUCAAAAGGAACGAAAGCAUGCCAGUGUGGUCAAACCUAGCCAAGCAAAGAAAUUGUUGACCAGCCCAAAGUUCCUUUUCUUAGUCAUUGGUUGGGUAGCCGUUGUUCUUUUGACUAUGCAAGUUGCCAACGCUGAAGUUAAAUCCGUUAAUUGGGAUCCCUAUGAGAUUUUAGGCAUCUCUGAGGGCACACCUCUUGCAGAUAUCAAAAAGACAUUUAAGAAAUUAUCACUUGUUUAUCAUCCCGAUAAAGCAAAGGCGGGUACUGAAAAGGAAUCUGAAGAACGUUUCAUUGACAUCACCAAGGCCUACAAAGUAUUGACAGAUGAUGAUACACGUAAGAACUUUGAGGAAUUCGGUCACCCUGAUGGUAAGCAAUCCUUUACAAUGGGUGUUGCACUUCCCAAGGGCCUUGUUGAAGGAAACGGUUUCUUUGUCUUGAGUUUCUACGCUCUUGCUUUCGGUUUAGGUUUACCUUAUUUUAUUGCUCAAUGGUGGUACAAGUCGCGUCGUCUUACCAAGGAUAAGAUUUUGAACAAGACCAUGGGUGUUUUCGUCAAGGGAUUAAAGGAAAAUGAUGGAUUUAAAGAAAUUGUCCAUGUUUUAUCGGGUGCACAUGAAUUUAAAGAAUCUACCGACGUUCGUUCGGGUAGUGAGGAAAAGGAAUUGACAUUGAUCAACAAUAGUAUUGCAGAAGAAUUAGAAAAUCGAUUGGGAGAGAAAUUUGAUCGUUUAGAUGCCAGUGUUCCUGGCUACCGUCGUAAAGCUCGCACACUUUUAUAUGCCCAUUUCCUUCGUAUCGAUGUAGCUACCAAGGGUUCUAACGCGCUCUUGAAGGAUCAAAAGUUCAUUGUGGAUAAAUCCAUUCAUAUCUUGCAAGGUCUUAUGCAGAUUGCUACUGUCAAGCAAUGGUUAAGUUCUACCUGCGCUUUAAUGGAAUUACAACAACAUCUUUUACAAGCUACCUAUCCAGGUGAAGCCAGCAUCAAGCAGUUACCCCACAUCACGAACGCUCUCUUGCGUAAGUAUUAUCGCAGUAAGAAGGUCCAUGUCAGUACCGUCCAACAACUUUGUGACAUGUCUGAAGUCGAACGCAAACAAUUGUUAAAGCCUCUUUCCGAUACCGAAUAUCUCGAUGUCAUGGAAGUCGCUCAUCGUAUUCCCAAAUUAUCUGUCAAGAAGGCUGUGUUCAAGGUCAUUGGUGACAAGAUUAUCACAACAGGUGCCAUCAUUACUUUUAUUCUCAAGUUGCAAAACGGACAAGUGACUAGUGUUGAAACGACUCAAGAAGUGGCCAAGGUAAAUGAAGAAGAAGAAGAGGAGGAAGAAGAGGAUGAAGCGAUUGUUUCUUCUCAAGCUGAAGAGGAUAAAAAGAACAAGGAUGCAAAGACAUUGCCUAUGGCUCAUACACCUUAUUAUCCCGGAGAAAAGAAGCCCUGUUGGUGGAUUUUCUUGGGUGACCCCAAGGUGAACCGUAUUUUAGUUCCUCAUAAAAAGGUCACGGAUAUUGUGGAUGAACAAACUAUCAAGAUUCCUUUCCCUGGUCCACCCAAACCUGGCGUAUACACUUUCUCUCUCUAUGUUAAAUCAGAUACUUAUACCGGUACAGAUAUUCUUCAAGAUAUUAAGCUCAAGGUCCAAGACCCAUCGGAACUUCCUGAGGAAGAGCCUGUGGAUGAUAGUAUCUCUGAGCCUGAGGAAGAUUCCAUUGCUGGACAGAUGAAGAUGAUGCGUGAACAAGGUUUUGCUACUGCUUUAGCUGGUGGAAGUAAAGAUAAAAAAGAAGAGAAUGGUGAUUCAGAUUCGGAUUCUUCCUCUGAAGAUGAAGCAGAUUAUGUUACUGAAUCUGAUUCUGAUAAAGACGAGUAAAAAAAGAUAACAUACAUAAAAAAAAAAAAAACUUUUUUAUAUGCCUACAUAUAUAUAUAAAAAAUAAAACAAAAAGAUAUACACACUU